AUGCCGAAAUGCCAUGCAAAGAGCCCCAUUUGGGUCCAGGUUCAUAUCGCCACCUCCGUCAUGCACAAGUGUCCGAAAGGCGCCCUGGUCCAGCGCUGCAUGACCUCUGCUAGUACCUCUCCGUCACGUGAAGAUUGUCGAAUUCUCCGACGUGAAAGAGAAACAUCAAACACACUACGGCUAAGCGUCGAAACCUACGUAUUUACGAUGUCUCUUAUUACGUGUCCCUUGGCAGUUACAUUUGGUGAACACACAGGUGCUUCGCGUAAGGUGCGAAACAAGAAUAAAAAUUGUAGCAAAAAUGUAGAACAAAUGAAAUUGACAAGGAAAAAGGAAGGGGUACCAGAUAGCAACGUCAAUGCCAUCACAAGCGCCCGGAAUAAGGUCACAACUGCCAAAAAUCAAUGUCAGUUUCCUGUCAGCCACACUUUUCACAGCGAGCCUUUUAUGCCAUUCAAUCUGUCAGAGAAUUUAUGCAGAUCUCUGCACUGUCAUGAGCCACAGGCAUAUAGGAAAUUAGUUUUAGGCCGUCAGGAAGAGGGAGGACUUCCCAUUCCCAAUUACCCUCCCAGUGCGCCCGUCAUCACCGGGUACCGCAAGGAAGAGAUCCUCCGCGCCGGCGACCGCCGCACCCUUAGCUGCCGUUCGAGAGGCGGCAACCCACAGCCUUCGGUAUCGUGGUAUCGCAGCGGAGAGCUGGUGGACGAUACCGCCGCCCGGGACGCCACGGGGACAGUGAACACUCUCGACCUGGUCGUGACGUCAGAGGAGGACGGCGCCGCCUACGAGUGCCGCGUCUCCAACGAAGUGAUGGAAGCCCCGCUCACGGCCAACGUCACGCUCACCGUCUACUACUCCCCCUCAUCCGUGAGCCUAACGGGACCAAACGAGAUUGAAGAAGGAAAGCACAUGACCUUUGCCUGCGAGACCAGCGAGUCAAACCCUCCGUCGUCUCUGCUUUGGACGGUGCAGGGAAAGGUGCUGAACAACGUGAAAGAGCGGGUCAGCAGGGUCAGUUCAGGUGGCUGGGUGACCUCAUCUGAACUGACCCAGUAUGUCGUCAAGGCGCACAGAGAGACGGAGGUGUCGGUGGAAUGCAGAGCCGUGAACCCCGCCAUCGAUCGCGUUGUUAAGAAGAAACUGGUCAUUGGGAUCACACAGCCCCCAGGUCCGCCGGUGCUGGAGGGAGACUUGAGCACCGAGGUCAUAGCCGGGUCAACCCUUGACCUGAAGUGCAGCAGUAUGGGAGGUCAUCCUCCUCCGACAGUCAGAAUAUACAAGGAAGACAAGGAGAUCUUCACAAGCAUCUUGAGGAAGGAGAACGUGACCCAGGCCAGAGGAAAGAUCGAAGUUUCGCCCGUAGAUAACGGGUCAAAGGUUACGUGUGUUGUGACGAGCUCGGCCAGCAGGGCGCCUCUGCUAACAUCGGCUACGCUCACUGUGCUCUUCGCCCCUUGGGAAGUGGCGGGCUCGGCCAUUCCAGACAUCGUAGAAGAGGGACAAGUCGUCACGCUUUCCUGCGAAUCCUCCUCCAGUCACCCGCCGGCUAAUAUUACCUGGAAGUCCGGAGAGACAAUCCUGCAGGCAGAGAGUGUUCACUUCACCCAGGGCGCUUUCGGAGGCACGAAUACGAGGUCAGAGAUCCAGGUGAGACCGACGGCGGAAGACAACGGGCGAGCCUUCACCUGCGAGGCGGACAACGGGCUUGGGUCCAUUCUCAAGACGGACGUUUCUCUCAAUGUUUUACAUGGUCCUCGUUGGGUGGUCGAACCUGCUCCUCAGCUCGACGUUUAUGAAGGCGCAGACUUAGUCAUCAUAGCAUCUGCUGCUUCGAAUCCAGGCCCGCCGAAGUACUGGUGGUGGCGUGGGGAGGAGACAUUACUGGGUAGUGAGAGCAAACUGCGCUUGGGAAGAAUCACGAGGCAGUUUACCGGGAACUACACCGUCACGGCAUACAGUCAGAAGGGAGCGAUCAACUCUACUUUCUUCCUCAAUGUACAGUGUGAGUAG